AUGGACCUGCUCAAGAAAUAUUUCAAUAACGAUUCUUUAUUUCCUUUUGUUUCAGACUAUGUCACAAAUUAUUUUAAUUAUAUCAAUGAAAAACCAGUACCUUCAGUCCUGGCACCUAUAACAAUAACUCUUUUCUGUUAUUAUGUCUACAUUUAUGUGAGAAAAUUUUAUCCAAUCUAUGUAAACUGUUGGUUUUGCAAUGCCAAUUUUAAAGUUGCUUUUGAGGACCGAUUUGAAUUUUUAUGCAUUGAAUGUGGACAGUUUAAUGGUUUUAAAGAGGAUGGAAGCUAUAACAAAUUAAUUCCUGAGCAACAUGAUCAAAGGUACAACCAAGCAGUUUUUUCUGUAAUCCAAGAAGAUGUUAAGGAAAAUAAAAAUGGUUUGUGUCAUAAAUGCAAUAUUAUUCAAGAAAUGAAAGUGAAACAGUUGGCUUGUUUCGUCCCUACCAGGGAAAGAAACUUUGAUAGAGAAAUUGAAAAGUUCAAGGAAAACUUGGAAGCAACAUUAAAGUUAUGUUCCAAAUGCAAUCAAUUCACUCAAAAAGUUCUAUCACUGCAAGAACAACGUUACAACUUGAGAUCAACUAAAAUAAAUAAUAAUCAAAAAGGUAUGCAUUAUGUUGGUGUCUGGCCUGAUAUAUGUUCACUGUCUUUAUCAUUUAUUGUAUUAUUAUUCUCUUCUGGUGUUGAGAAUUAUAUGGGCAAUUGGGCAGCACAACAUUUAGAUCCAUUGAUAUCCCAAAAUAGUGCUGUAACACUAACGCGCUCAAUUGGAAUGAUAAGCCUAGGUGGUACAUCAUGCCAAGUUUAUCACUGUUUGAGUACAUUGGACAUAUUGAGCGCCAUAACUAUGUUCUUAUGGUCAUUAUUAUGCGUUAUAAAUAAUUUUGAACAUUUUGAACAUUUGAAACCUAAACUUCUCAUUUCUGCAAUUAUAGUAUUCUUAUCGUCUGUAUCUGUACUUAGAUACUUGACAAAAAAACAAAAAAUUGAACAAACAAGUAUUAAACUGGAGGAUGAAAAAUGCAGAAUCAAUAAUACAAAUUAUUAUGAUACUAGUGCAAAUGGAUCAAAUAAAGACAGUGAUGAAUCAGAAAUGAUGGACAUUGAUCACAUUGGGGAGUUACCUAAAAGUCGACAAAAGAUAUUGAAUAAGACUGUCAAUAAUCUGUUCCAAGGGAUGAAACUCAAUGAAAACCGUGGUUUCAAAAACAAUAUAAUUCGACCACCAAAGUUUUUAAUGCCUGGUAAACGUGACAAGUUUGUAGGGUAUGCUGAGUCUUCUCCUGGGUAUUAUUCACCAUAUUCUGUGAAAGACGAUUAUGAUUUUGAUACGCAGAGCAUUUACUCUCAACACAGUUUUAGACCACAAUAUUCACCAAUGUGUCACCAGCCUGUUUCACCGUACACAUAUUAUACUCUGCCACACCACCAAAAUAGUCCUUUGAACUUAUCGCAUUCGUCAAACACUUCAAACAUACAGCAUACUUCAGAUUGGCCAAAGAUGUUGAUGUACUCAAUUCCUGGAGUUAUAUUACUUGCUCUGCAAUGUUACUUGUUGCAUGACAUUAAAGACUACAUGAAACAAAAGUGA